UUCUGGUCCGAAUCGGAUACCCCUCUUUCCAGAAGACGGCAGCGUUGUGCGACUUACACACCAGGAAAAGUGUGCUGUGAACUGUCCACACUUUUUUUCCACCCUCGCUCACCCUCUGCCGGGAGCCAACCUUCACGCACACACUCAUCACACUCUGACACACUCGGUGGCCCACCAUGGUCUCAACAUUCCAGAUGCAGCCGUUCUACAGCAGGACACCAUUAUCGGUAGACACCACCCACGCGCAAAAAUUCUUUGAGGACGAGGACGGUACGCUAGACGACAACAUCCUUGACCAGAGCGCACUCGACUCGGGCCUGGAGAUGUCGCCGCCGAUGGCAGAGAGCAGGAGAGACUCGUUCGCGGUCGCCCCGUCACUGUUUUCUCCCAAGACGGAGGACUGGCAGUCAGUAGAGAUGCAGUCCGUACCGUCGAACAACCCCUUCUUCGACCAGCAGAGCAACAACCCGUUCCUGCGGAUGGACCAGAGCCAGCAAGCGGCUUACCAGAGCCACGCCUGGCCCAUGGCCAGCUCCGGAUCUGCGACUCCCCAGCUCCAGGCCUUUGACGGCCUGCCGGUCGAGUACGACUCGACCAACCUCGCCAUGUUCCACAGGCCAGCCACCAUGCAGACUCCGACGCCGACGCCCUUCAAUGUCCCGGCCAACCCGGUCCCCAUGUUCCAGCAGCUCGGACAGCCGGGGCCACAGUCGAUCCCGACGUCGCCCCAGAAGGAGGGCUGGAUGGCCCAGGACUUCAAGGCCCAGGCGAUGGCCAAGAAACCGCGUCCGGCCAGCCCGCUGAUCCGGUCGCACAACGAACUCCGGCGGGGCGACGGCAUCCGGAAGAAGAACGCGCGCUUCGACAUUCCUGCCGAGCGCAACCUCAGCAACAUCGACCAGCUCAUCGCCCAGUCCACCGACGAGCAGGAGAUCAAGGAGCUCAAGCAGCAAAAACGCCUGCUGCGCAACAGGCAAGCAGCCCUCGACUCGAGACAGCGCAAGAAGCUGCACACUGAGCGGCUCGAGGACGAGAAGAAGCAGUUCACCGAGAUGAUUGCCAACAUGGAGGAAGCCAUGGCCAAGAUGGAGAGGGAGAUGCAGAAGCUCGUGCUGGAAAAGCAGAACUACGAGUCGUACAUCCACGAACUCGAGAGGAAGCAGGAAGAGAUGAUCAGCAGACACACCAUCGAGACGGGUGAGCUGCGCAAGAAGAUCAGCAUCCUGACCAACGAAGUGCAGUCGAUGGGUCGUGCCGCCACCACCGCGCCGGGAUUCUCCGGCGCUUUUAACGAGAUGGACGGCAUCACCUUGGACUGCUCCUGGGACAGCAUGCCGAUGUUCGGCGACUUCUCCAUGGAGCAGCCCGCUGCUGCCACCGAGGUCAAGCAGGAGAUGCAGAUUGUGCCGGCCACCAAGAAGUCCGAGGUCGUGCCCCUGCCGGCCGCGGCCGACUCGGAGAAGCCUGCCCAGCACGGCGGGCUCCUCUUCAUGCUCUUCCUCGUCGGCGCCUUCGUGCUCUCGAGCCGGUCCUCGACGCCCAGCAUCCCGCGUGUCUCGGAGGACGUCCGCGCCGCGUCCGCGACCCUCCUGGAAAACGUGCUCAAGGAUGCCGGCGUGUCGCAGGUCGGCUCGGGCCUCGAGACCAUGGCCCCGCAGCCGUCGGGCGCCACCAACUGGGGACCGCAGCCGUCGGCGCCGUCCCUGAGCAUGGCGACGCCUAUGGUCGAAAACGUCGCGCCGUCGACACUGGGCGACAUGGCCGACGCCCUGACGCAGCCCACCGAACAGCAGACCAACGAGCAGGUCUUCUCGCUGUCGGCUGCGCAAUACAAUGACCUGACCUCGCAGGAUUUCCUCCCUAGCGCUCCUCCAGCCGAAAGGUCGACGAGCCAGGGGAGACGCAAUCUCGCCGAGGCCCUGGCCAGCAUGCGCAGCUCGGCCAAGCAGUCGUCUGCCGCCGAGGUCUACACAAGGUCGCUGCUCUGGGACCAGAUCCCGAGCGACGUCGUCCGGACCUUUGCCAAGAUGGUCGCGGAAUGUAACAACGCCGCGGCCGCCGGAGGCAACGAGGACCGGGCUUGAACGUCUCCGUCUCCUCCAACGAGUUCACGAUUGUUAUGACUUGCCACGCCCAACCCACCCAGCCACGGGUACGACCAGCAUGAUGCCCAUGAACGGAACAACAGCUUGAACACCGCGGGAGGCAUGCAACAGCACUCGAGCGUCGUUUUUAUCGCUUCUUGUUCCUCCUUGAUUUUCUCCUUUCCGGCUUCGCGUAUUUCCCCCUUCUCGGACCACAAUACAGUUACUCCGC